AUAUGCACCAGGGGCAGACUGACCAUUUGGAAACUCAGGCACUGCCCGAGGGCCCGGGGUCAGUAGGGGGCCCCAUGAGAUGCCCCUGGAACCUUUUUUCAUAGCCUUUUUUGAGUUUGGGCAAGGACACAGGGGCCCCAUGAUCCCCUAUUGCCCGGGGGCCCCAUGAGUUGUCAGUCUGCCCCUGGCCACAAGGUAGUUUCCCAUUGCACAUGUGCAAGCUGUGCUGCACUUUGGGCCCCAUGAGUUGU